GGUAUAACAAUAAAUCGAAGCUACCCCUUUAAGAUUCAAUCUCUGAUAAGAGAUAGCGUGCUCAUACCAGGUCGACGACGAACACCUGCAUUAUUAUUGUUAUUAUCAUCAUUAUUAUUAGUAAUAUAAACCAUUCCGUCUGCGUAGAUUGGUCGUCCGAAAGCACUUAAUAUUGUUUACCAAAGAAAUGGUGAUGGAGAAGCCAAGUCCCCUGCUAGUAGGGCGGGAGUUUGUGAGGCAGUAUUACACACUGUUGAACAAGGCGCCAGACUUCCUGCACAGGUUCUACGGGAGGAGUUCUUCCUAUGUGCACGGCGGCCUCGACGCCAGUGGAAAGCUGGCUGAAGCAGUGUACGGCCAAACGGAAAUCCACAAGAAGGUCAUGUCCCUGCAGUUCAGCGAGUGCCACACAAAGAUCCGGCACGUGGACGCCCACGCUACGCUCAGCGACGGCGUGGUGGUGCAGGUCCUCGGAGAGCUGUCCAACAACGGCCAGCCCAUGAGGAAGUUCAUGCAGACGUUUGUGCUGGCCCCAGAGGGUUCGGUGGCCAACAAGUUCUACGUACACAAUGACAUCUUCCGCUACGAGGACGAGGUUUUUUGUGACUCAGAAGCGGAACUUGAUGAAGAAUCAGAAGAGGAAGUUGAGGAGGAGCCAGAAGAGAGGCCGGCAUCCCCCGAGCCUCUUCAGGAGAGUCCCAACAGCGCCACCUACUACGAGCCUCACCCCGUCGCUAACGGAGUGGAGGAGCCCAUGGAGGAACCUGCCCCGGAACCAGAAAUGGAACCCGAGCCUGAGCCCAAAGUUGAGGAAAUAAAGUCUGAAGUCGAGGAGAAAGCUCUGGAAGAAAUGGAGGAAAAAGCUCCCUCGCCGGUCCUCGUGGAGUCGCCACCUAAUGCCCAGGAGCCGCCUAAGACCUUCUCUUGGGCCACAGUGACCAGUAAACACCUUCCUCCUUCGGGCACCACCUCUGGUAUCUCACCCCAUGUUGUUAAAGCGCCAAGUUCCCAGCCUCGAACUGAGGCCAAGCCAGAGACGCAAGCAGCGCCGCUAAGACCCCGAGACCAGCGUCCCAGAGACAGACCGACCUUUUCCCCACGUCCACCCCGAUCAGAUGGCAUGCCAUCCUCUGAGGCACAAACAGGGAAACCACAUUUAAGUUUUGUCAACAAAGGCGGUCGUGGUGAUGCUGAUUCGGGUGAAAUGGACACAAGGCGAUCUGUACGCUACCCUGACAGCCACCAGCUCUUUGUAGGCAACCUCCCGCAUGACAUUGACGAGCUGGAGCUCCGAGACUUCUUCAUGACUUAUGGAAAUGUUGUCGAGUUGCGGAUCAACACCAAGGCCGUCGGCGGGAAGCUUCCUAACUUUGGAUUUGUGGUCUUUGACGACUCUGACCCCGUGCACAAGAUCCUGGGGGCCAAGGUAGAAGGGCCCAUCAUGUUCCGUGGAGAAGUGCGUCUGAACGUGGAGGAGAAGAAGAAUAGGGUGAUGCGCGAGCGUGAGAUCCGCGGAGACGAUCGGCGGGACAUGAGGCGCAACGACCGAGGCCUGGGAGGCCCGCGAGGCAUCGUGGGAAGCGGCAUGAUGCGAGAGCGCGACGGGAGGGGCCCGCCCCCUCGAGGCGGCAUGGCGCCCAAACCGGGCAUGGGCUCCGGAAGGGGCUCCGGAGGCCCGGUCGAAGGCCGCUACGCCGCCACGCGUCGCUGAAAACGCGGCGCCACCUGCAACGUGGAAGUAGUAACGUGUUCAUCUUCAACCGUUCUACAUGUAUAAACGUAUAUUUGGGUUUUUUGGUUCAGUUUUUGGUUCUUUUUUGUUUGUUGCUUUUGGAAUGUGACACAGCCUGUCGAGCGUUUGAAGUAGACGAACAACUACACAAAAAUGUCGCUUAUCAGUUGUGAGCCGAGGAUCCCUUUUUUUUGGUAUCUCAAGAAAUCACAAACUUUAAUUUGUAAAUUAGCGGAAAACCCAACCAGGAGUAAUCGACUACCUUUGUAGGAGGGACUGAGAGACUACCACUAAACAGCCCAGUAUUUGGACAAGAGAUUAUAUAGAGAGAGAAAUAUGCCUUGACUUAAGUGGUAAAUCCUUCUAUUGCACAUUUUCUAUCUGCCCGUCACUGUUGAGAAACAGCAAGAUGCAAACGUUCCAAAGGGGAGAGGCCUGUCUUUUUUUUUGUUUGUUUUUCUCCCCCGAGAGACCAUUGCUUCAAAUGUAUUGCAUAACGCACUCACCAAUAUGCACUCAUGGGUACUUUUUUUUUUUGUGUGUGUGGUGUUCCAUUGACAAGCUGAAGACGUAACGGGGCAGGCCUCGCUCACAGCCGCAAACUUUUGCUGUUGUACUUUUUCAACUCAAACUUCAAUUAUCGGCGCUGGAUGGACAAGAGGACUCGACCUUGAUGAACAUAACGAUCCUGGAUUUUUUUUAAAUAUUUUUCUCUCUCCACCAAACAAAUGACAGUGUGUGUGUGUGUGCUGCGAGGAUAAAGUUGACAUCGACGGCGGCUCGGUUCUCCCUCUCCCGUCUGUCUUCACAAUGUGAAAGCGACAGAAUAAAUGUACAGCAAAGUUUACUUUAUCGCGUUUCCUCUUCACUCGGUUGAAAUGAAAAAAAAAAAAAAAAAAAAAAGGUGCCUUCUACUUUCUCUUUCUCUUUCCUAUAGCGACUUCAUUUUGGAUAAUACAAAAGUUGCAGUAUUUACAAGGAUUCAACUUUUCCCCCCGUGACUUUGUUGUGUUUGCUCCUAUCUGGCCCGAAAAGGUACAUUCAAAGCUGUGAUAGCGCCACCAUUCAGAACCAAACCAUCUUUUUAAUGUUCCUUUUUUUUGUUUUCCAAAUACAGUUUUGUAACGCGUGUGUGAUGGGGCUGGCUGUGUUUGCAGCCGACUUGACUCGGCAAAUACUUUUAUCAACUUUCUAGCUGUCGGUGCAUAUGUAUUUUUCAUAUUGCUGGUUAUUCAUUGUGCAUAAAAUAUAAUUGUUUUUGUUGCUUUUGGCUGGGAAGAACAGUGAGAUUUUUGUUUUUGUUUGAAUCUUGCACUGAAAAGGGGAAAGUAAUGUAGCAACUUUAUUUUCCUGGAUAAAUGCGCUAAUGAGGUCUUCCUUAUCUGGUGGUAUAUUGCACUAUUUUCCAAACAUUUCUGGGACAAUCUCUUUUUUGCCGCUCGGAACACGGUCUCCUCCCAAAUUAACUGUAAUAAUCUGCAUAUUUUUCCACACGUGAGCUAGUUUUGAUAAAUGCUUUUCCUUUUUUAUGAGCAUAUGUGACAGCUCAGUUUGUCAUGUUUGAAAGUGGAUUUUUUUUUUUUUUUUUUUUAAUCACAAUAAUCUGUAAAUUUGUUAUUUUAUUCCUCCCCGAUUGAGAUCGCAGUCGGCUGGUGAAUGAUUCCAGUCUUUUUUUUUUUUUUUCUUCAACGGAAAUAGAAGUUUACUGUGUUGGCUGCCAUCGUUUAGUUGUUGCUCUAGUAUACAACAGUUUGCAGGUGUAUGAUUUUUCUUUUGUUUUUCCAUUUUGAAUGUCAGACCUAAUAAACUACUGAUAUCACAGCGCCA